AUGCUUCAUGAGAGUGUAUCAUAUUUCAUGGGCUGCAGUGAUCCGCACUGUUCAAAACAUUCUGGAUUACAACAAAAACUUGGAUUGCAACUUCAAUAUUCGGAUAAAAAACAUGACAUAGAAUUGCAAGUAAACGUUGAUAGUCCACCAAAGAUCACCAUUUGUGAUAUUAUAAAACAACUUUUAAGUUUUCUUUAUCUUGAUGAUAUUUCUCCAGAAGAAGUUCGCUUGGUUGGAUUUAAGAAUAAAAGUGAGUACUUUAAGUUGAGUGUAACAGAUAUACAGAAAACACUACGAGAGUUAUGCGUGACCAAUGGUUGCGUACUUCAUUUCGAGCCAACAUCUACUGCGCCCGCACCUAAACCAUGUCAGUUGACGAUAUUUGGACCAGAUGAGAAAGAAAAAGAAAUAUUUCAAUGGUACAAAGAAAAAACAACAUUGGCAAUGCUUCUCGAAUAUGUUAUCAAAAUAUUUUCAUUGCAGUCAAUUGAACGUCAUCAACUUCAUCUAUUUACUAUCUGUGAUGAACUUAACUUGUUCUCUUGUUCUACAAGACGAUUGAUUGAACUAGGUGUCAAUGACCGAAUGGCGAUAUAUGUUCAGAUCGUCUCAUCGAGUUCAUUGAUGAUCACCAAUGAAAACAUAGAUGUUCACGUUAAAUAUGAUGAUGGACAUGAAAAAUCAACUAUCAACGUACGAAAUACCGAAACGAUAGGUGAAUUAAAGAUUAAAAUUGAAAAACGGUAUGAAAGUUAUCGUAUUAUUGAGUUCAAAUGUUUCAAUGAAAGAAAAGAUUUGCUCGCUUCCGUUGAUAUGGAUAAAAGUUUUAAAUCCUUGGGUAUUAAACCUGGUCAAAAGGUUUUUGUAAAAUUUCGUUUGACUUCUGAGAAAAAUCAACUAACUACUGCAAAUGCUCAAAACAAAGCGUCUAAUCAAUUAGACUCCCCGUCAAGUACAAAAGCGAAUUCUGACAAAGUUAUUGUCAAAUGGACGUUUCCAAUGAAAAAUUCCGAAAAGACAGAAGUAUCACUUCAAUAUACAGUUGAUCAACUAAUUAAAAAACUAGAGGCCUUUGAACAGAACAAUCGAUUAGUUUUACAUAAAUUAUCUUCAGAUGCGGUAGAAUUCGUCGUUACAAAAAGCAAGGAAACACAUCGAUCUUUAGCUGACUUAGGAUUCAAACCAAAUGAUACGAUUGAUGCCACUAUAAAAGAUAGGCCCCCUAGAUACUCGUCUAUUGUCAGUAAAGAAUUUCCUCCGUCACUCAAAGCAAAUAAAAUCCCGAAAGUUGAUUGUGUCCCCAAAAGUCCAAUAGGUUUGGACAAUCUUGGAAAUACGUGCUACAUGAACAGUGCAAUUCAAUGUCUUGCUCAUGUGCCACCAUUAACUAAUUUCUUUUUGGAAGGUUUUCAUUAUACUCACAUGAACGAUGGUGAACAUACAGAUAAGGAUUGGAAUCCAUUUGAUAAGAUAGGCAGUGUCACUGGAGCAUAUGCUGAUCUGCUUUGGAAUUUAUGGAAAUACGAUGAUAAUGAUCAUCACUAUGUUUCGUUUAAACCAAUUCGUAUUAAAGAUGCAAUUGGUAAUAAAGAAUUACUAUUUUCCACAAAUGAUCAACAGGAUGCUCAAGAAUUCAUGACUUACUUUCUCGAUGCUAUACACAAGGAAUUAAAAGAAAAAAAUGACAACGAUAAAUAUACCAUAAUAAAACAAUUAUUUUUCGGAGAAAUAAAAUCUAUUAUCAGAUGUACUACAUGCAAUAAUGAUGAAUCUACAAUAAGUCCUGUUAGUUUUUUGUCCAUACCACUCAGUCGACAAGAACGAAAAUUUUGGAUUACUUAUAUUUCAAAAUUAGGAAAAUAUGAAACUGCCUGCGUCGAUGUGCCUAUUAGUGGACAGGUUGGACAUGUUGUAGAAGAAUUUGUUAAAUAUUAUAAACAACCUGCACUCUUCCACCACAUACUUGCGAUGGUACCAGAUGGCGAACUCGAUUUUGGAACACCACUUAAUCAAUUAUCUCAUGAUGAAAUUAUAUUAAUGGAGCAAGAAGAAUGUUCGAACAAUAAACGACCUGCGAAUUUGGAAAUACCCGCGGAAAAGUUAACUCUUCAAGAUUGUCUAAAAGAUUUUUUCUCACCAGAACAUUUAGAAGAUGAAUGGACUUGUCGACGAGCAACAUGUAAACAAAAGACGACAGCAACUAAACAACUUGAACUUUACAAGCUUCCACCUAUAAUCGUUAUUCAGUUCAAACGAUUUUCGCAUGAAAAUGGUUUACACCAAAAAAUUGAAACGUUUGUAAAAUAUCCAAUAAAAGAACUAAAUUUAAAUGCAUUUUCAACAGCUGAUCAACAAGAAGCUAUUUAUGAUUUAAUUGCAACUAGUAAUCAUAUUGGAUCGAUAUAUGGAGGUCAUUAUAUAGCAUAUGCUAUGCAUCGCAUGUCGAAUAAAAGUAAAUGGUACAGAUUCGAUGAUUCGUGUGUAACACGUGUAAAAAGUGAAGAUUUGGAACAGGAUAUUGUAUCGCAAGAUGCUUAUCUUUUGUUUUAUAUUAAAAGAGAUAUUUUAAAUCCAUUAGUAACAGUAUAA